AUGUUUAUGGAAAUAUUCACUGUUUGGCUUGGUGCCUUUUCAAUUUGCUUCACAUUUUUGCCAAUGUAAGUUUGGGCGGGACACGUUUUUACUUUCUUUUUUGAUAAAAAAGCAGUGGAGUAGAAAAUGAGAGAUGCAGAAAAAGUGCAAUGUUUGCACUUGUAGAUUCUGCUCUGAUGAGAUCUUUGAUAAAGAUUGAGAAAAAUCAAAGAAAAACAUUUUAAAAACCAAAAAAAAAAAGAAAAGUGAAUAAAAUAGCCUAAUGCUCAUUAGAACUUUCGGAUGUUUUUUUUUAAAUUUCGAUUUUUUUUUGCAUUUUCCCCAAAAUUGAAAAAAACCCAAAACUAACCGGAAAAAAUCGUAGAAAUAGAAGUCCUUCAAAUCCUCAUCAAAACCCAAGUUAGCCAAUGUUUCCUUUCGAAUUCGAUGUCACAUAAACCAACGUCGAACCAAUGCUUCGUUAAAAUAUUCUGAAAAUUUCAUAUUUUUACAUAUUCAGUGAUGAAUUUCUAAUUUUCCCACCAUUUUCUAUCAAGUUUUCAACGAAGAACUUCACGAUAUUCACAUCAAUUUUGUCGAUGAAAUCGUUUCUGAAAAAAAAAUAUUAGUAAAACAGCUCGAAGCUCAUUGAAAACCUAAUUCAAUAUUUUCCGAGAAUCGAACAAAAAGUAAAAAUGAGAAGAAAUCUAUAGAAAUAAAUUUUUAGCGCGCUAAUUUUCAGGUAGAUCAAAUAUAAACUAGAAGACCACGCAGUGAAAAAUUUUUGUUUUUUUUGCCAAAAGAAAAAAAGAAAAAAGUAACUGUCGUAAAAUAAAAUGUUUUGUGUGUGGUGUUUGCAGAAAAUGCACACACAAUGUGAGACAACAGUAACCCCACAAGAAUUUUAAUCGAUUUUUCUGUGAAAAAAUGAAACGUGGAAGGAAAAUGAGAGGAAAAAGCAAUUCAGAAAAUGUUUUUAAUUUCCCACUAGACAAAACUAUGAUGAUUUUUCUUACCUUCGAAUCUCAAAAGUUGACAGCGAGAUUUUAGAAAAAAAAUAGAGGCGCUAGUUUCAGCCAAAAAUACAACUCGAACUGAUUACUUGGGCAAAAUUUUUAAAUAUUUAUUCAGUUAGUUUAAAAAAGGUCACGUUUCGAAAUGCAAAUUAAUUAUUAUCUUUUCUCAUUUUCUUUGGAAAAUGAAAUGAAUUUGUUUAAAAAUUUAUCGAAAUUAGGCCACGUUCAAAAAUAUUUACUUUUUUGAAAACUUUCAAAUAAUAAUAAUUUUCAUUUUCAGUUUUAUGGUUCUUGAAUGGAAGAAACGAGGAUCAGCUGAUGGUUUCAGUUCAGUCAAUUUCGUUCUUCCAAUGGUCAUCCAAUCUUGCUGGCUCAAACACGGUUUCUUGACAAAUGACCAAACAAAUAUUAUUAUCAACUCAUUGAAUUUGGUCUUUUUCACUUUCUAUGUAGCAGCCUUUGCAUAUUAUCAACCAGUUAGGGUAAGUUGAUUGAAUUCAAGCAAUUAAUUGUAAUUUCUCAACUAAUUUUCAAUUACAGAAAUAUUUGUAUGCUCAAGUUUCAUCCGCAAUUAUCUCUGUUUUUGUUAUCUACAAUUAUGUGAACACUUAUAAUGAUUCCGAGAUUGCUGAUGCUAUGGGCUCAAUUGCAGCUGGUGCACAGAUUUUCAGUCUUGUUGGUGGACUUUAUGAAAUUGUAUGUAACUGAACAUAUGUGUUUGGAAAAAAAUGUGUUUUUUGCAGAAGCGAGCAGUGUCAAUGGGAACAACUGAAUUCAUUCCAGCCGGAUUCCAAUUCGCACUUUUCACCUUAAUUCUUCAAUGGCUCAUUUUCGGUGUUCUCAAUGGAAAUCAAUUUAUUGCUGUAAGAGGAAAUUCUAAUUUCACAAUCAGAUUUGAAAUCAUAAUCUUUUACAGAUUGCAAAUGUUGCUGGUCUUGUUGUCAAUAUUGCCACAAUUGCUCUUUACUUCGUUUAUCCACCACAAACAUGGACUGUUCCAAUUUUCAACAUCAAACCAAUUGCCAAAAAGCAAGAUUAA